AUGGCGAUGUCUAUUCCUCCCGGGCUGAAGCCCGUGACGCAGUACGUGCGCCGGGCGGAGAGGCUGGACAAGGCUCCCGAGCCGGAGGCGCCGGUGGUCGCUUACCACUGCCGGAUGUACGCGACUGAACAGGCAAUGAAGCUGCAGGACAACUCCGAAGCAGGAUGA